CCGAGCCAUGGUCUUACUAUCCUGUGACCAACCCCGCGGAGAAAAAACAUUUUUACCAUUAUGUUGUUGUCCUCUUCUUUCAUUUUAUGAAAUGGCUGUGUGAACAAGAGAUGGAUGGCGCAGUAGUGUGACCAAAAUCGUGGGUAAAAAGACGCAGCAAAAUACUGAAACACUCAUGAAACGGCCAGUCGGCGAAAAAUUUUCAAAUCGCGGGGUCGUACAGCGGACGAUUUUCAAUCGGAACGGUUCAGCUUUGGAGCGGAGCGCGGAGUUUCGCAUUUUUUGUGUUUGUAGCGGAAAAUCGGAUGAAAAACUCCAAAUGUUUACCAAAUGAGCGGCGACAAAUACGCGACCAAUUGACGAGAUCGUGUGUGUUUUUCUCAAUUAAACGAAAAGAAAGCAGAAAAACUAAGGAAAGGAAAACAGAAACUGAAAUUGAAUAAGAAAAUUGUCCAUUUUGGUUUUCCGUGGCAGAGAAAAGUGAAAAGUUUAAUUUACUAAACAAAGCGGCUAAACUGUGUGCGUGUGUGUAGGCGGUUGAGUCUACAUGUGUUUGUGUGUGUGUGGCUGUGUCUCUCUAGUUUUUGCAAUUCCCACUGCACACGCUGUUUCGUGUUGGAUUAUUGGAUUAUACCGCCAAUAACGGCACACGCACAGCAACAAAAACAACAAAAAAGCGAUAGGGGAGAGCAGACGACGCUGGGAUUAAUCAUUAAUGUCCUGAGAUAUAAAGAACAGGACUUCCGAAGAACAAGAACAAGGAGCAGUGUGGAAGAGGACGCAGCAGACUUAGAGACGAAAGCGAGAAAAGUUUUAUAUGCGGAAGCCAAUAUCGCCAUAGGACCGAAAUUCUCAAAUACAAGUCCGUUUCACUUCUCCAGCUGGAAACGAAACCCUUCGUCCUGUCAUGCGUCCCUUUCUGCUAAUUGCUUUGUGUGACGAGCUCCUGGCGCCUCCUUGCCUCCACUAAGCAGCCCAGAUCCUUCCACACUCAAAGCUCAAGAUACUUACCCGGCGACGAAGAUACACACAUACCUGAAGAACCGCAGCUGUGCAGCCUGCAUUAUUUUCCUGGAGGAAUGGAAGUUGGAUUGGAAGGAGGAAAACCCAACGCCAACGCGUCUCGUCGACUGUCAUGUGCGAGUUUUGUGGCCCCUAACUAAGGCGCCUUGCAUAAAUUUACGCCAGAGGAUAAGCCAAAAAACAAAAAAAAAAAGAAAGCAGGAGAAGGGCGGUGGAGAGGAUAAGAAGAAUACUGGCAAGGCAAACAUAAAGCAAUUUUAUGCGUUUUUAAAAUGCGGCAAUUGACUGAAACAACAAAAGCGAACCGAGAGACGAGUGGAAAAUUCAGGCAAGCCGCAUAGCAUCGUCCAUAAUUAGCGCCAUCGUAGCCAGGGAGCCAAGAAGCAACCAAUGGAACAUGUUGAUGCCGGUGCGGGAGUACAACAAGCACAUAGCCAAAAUACCAAAUUGCAAGAUGAGGCAGCGGCCAACGCUUAGAGCCACCUUCGCAUCCCUGCUGCUGCUCCUUCUCAUUGCCCAGACGCUCGAUCUGGCGGCUGCCAGUGGAUCAGCCGGAAGUGGUGCCGCAGCGGCCGGAGCUGCAGGUCCUGCCGCGUCCGGUGGCGCGGGUGGCGGGAGUCUGAGCAGUGGAGCCCCCACUCUCAUUGCCAAUCUCACGGAACAAGGCAGUCCCGGUGUGUAUAAUUCGACAAUGGGUUAAUGCUAAUUACUAGUAUAUAUAUACAUGGCAUUUACGUGGCAGUUUGCUGACCUUUUUACCUUUUGGCCCUCAACGUAAACGACGUCGUCAUUUCGGUAUUUGCUAAAUGUUUAUGCGGAAUCGUUUCUAUGAAAACCGCCUACAAUAACAUUCAUUCAAAUCGAACAAACAAAUUAAAUUACAUUGUUCGCGUCACUUAGAAUAUGAUUUUAAAUAAAUAUUAUUCUUUUCUAAGACCAUCGAGUUGUCGCUUUUCGCAAAGUGUAGAAUUCAUGAUAUUCUUAGCAUAAACUUAGAAUAUACGUCCGUGCCGAUUUUUGUGUGUAUUUCCUUGUGCGCAUUUCCGGUUUCUGCUUCCGGUUGCCACGCGGCGGGGGUGGCAAAAACUAUUAGCCACUUGGCGCUAAACAACGCCACCCACGCCCACUCUUCCCCGCUACUGAAGCAAAACACUAAGCAUCAAUUAACCCAAUUUUCAGAAUCCAUUUUCACCUGCAGUUACGGUUUCAGCUCACAGCUCCGGACCUUUGGCCUUUUCUAAGUAUUUUCUAGCUGCGUGUUUCACAGCUCCAUGCUUACAUAUACAAAUAUAUGCAUUGCUAUGUUUUUUUUUUUUUUUUUUUUUUUUUGGAAAAGAGUUGUUCCCUUGCGCUUUUUUCUUCUAGCAAAUACCCAAGUGGCGGUGUUGAAACCAACGUCCAACGUCCAGGUCCCAAUUCCCCAGACCCACCUAAUCCUAUAGGUUUAAUGCCGGGCACUGUUGUCCAGACUUUUUCGUGUUCCCUGCCGUUUCUUCUUUCUUUCACAGGCGUUGGCGCUAUUGUUGUAGUUUGGUUUGGAUUGGUCACUGGAUCGGGAUAUGGAUUGGAAAUGGAAAUGGAGUGGAAGCUGAAAUCAUAAUUAAUCCAUUGAUUUCCAAUUUUUUUUCAGCUUAAAUAAUUCACACAAAUCAUUUCAGCAAUAAAUAUGAAUUCUUUCGCAGCAUUUAACAAUGAAUAUUUCAGCAAACAAAUGUUUUUUUCAGCCAAGGUUACCUUAUUUGUUUUAAAUAACAUGGGAUCCAAUUACAAAUUGAUGUGCAGGUAAUGAACGUAGAAAGAAAAAAUUGAAUCAUUUUAAUUUGGAAACGCCACUGUUGCAAACUUUGAUUUGCAUGUAAAGUCAUAAAUAAUUCAUUUUAACACAUCCAACAUUUAUGAAUAAUUUUUUCUGUGCUCUUUAUAUUCUAGCUGUCGCUAUUAAUCAAAUUAUACGUUUACUACAUGCAUUUUUAAAUUGUUUAUUUAUGUCGCUACGUUUAUGCAGCCGCCUGGAAAUUUUGUGUGACAGAGUGUCAUAAACUGGAGAAUGCGGGUGGCCAUCUUACCUGGCGCUUGAUUGAUUCCACCAGCCAAAAAAUAAACACCUGGAACGACGCCAGAUGUCGAGGAUAAUAAAUUUGCCAGGAUUCGACUACACUUGGGAUACAUUUUGAAAUUCUGGAAGUCAGUAGCCCGACUCAAAGUAUACGAAAUGGAAAUGUAUAUAUUGUUUAUAAAAACGUCAAAUCGCCUAUAGACUGUAGCACUAUAGCUAAAAGGUAUAUUUCUUAAAAGAAAUUAUGCUUAAAAGCUAGUAAUGUAAAUUAGGGCUGCCUUGUAUUUCAAAAAGUUGUAUAAAAACUAAAUUAUGUGUGGAAACCGAAAUGCUUGUGCUCAAGAAAUUAUGAUUAUAAUCUGAACUGUAGAAAUUAGGUGAUCUUAAUGCCUGCAUAAAGUGUAAAACAAACUGCAAGAAUGUACAAAUUAUUAACUGAUUCCGUCCGCACCCUGACAACUGUGUUAACUAACUUUAAGAUCUAAAAAUAAAAACUAAUUUAUAUAAAAU